ACUACACUAGCAAAGCAACCAGCAUCUACUCUGCAAUGAUUACUGCCCCAAUCUCCCAGGUUCCUGCUGGUGGAUUUGGAGUAAAUAGUGCUUUAAGAACAUCAGAUGGGAUAGUUUAUUCCUCAGUUGCAGCACCAGUUCCAUCGACAUAUGCAAUUACAACGCAACCAGGCUCCAUCUUCAGCACUACUUUUACACCUACAUCAACCAUGCAGGAUCCCUCAUUACAGCACUCAUAUGGUUUUGUUCCUGCAACAGACCCAGGACAAAUAGUUCCUUUUGAGGCUGAUCUAUCAAAAGAGUUUUUCCCUACAGUGUUGGCUGACCUCAUAACUGGCUAUCCAGAAAUGUACUCAGAUGCCACCCUUGAAGCCAUUGCUGCUUCUUUAGAUGUUCUAGCUUCUUCACCAAUAUUUCCUGGUUUAGACAACACCAAGAUGGCCCAGUAUCAGAUGGAGAGGGAAUUUCUAGAAUUAGAGAAGCUUAAACAGCUAUGUCUUGCUGAGGAACUGGAGUGGGAAAGACAAGAAAUCCAUCGCUACAGAGAACAGGAGCAACUUAUGGUGCAAAGGGAACUUGAAGAACUUCAAGCUCUGAAACAGCAGCUGCUUCUUCAGCAGGAAGAGGAACACCAUGCCCAUAUGAUGGCCCAGCAAGAGACCUAUGCUCAACAAAAAGAGCAGUUGCAACAAAUUCAGCAACUUCAACUCCAGCUCCAGCGGCAGCUAGAUGAGCACUACAGCAGUACUGGUAUGACAGGAAACCUUUUAGAAGCUAAAUAUGCAGGAGUGGGGGAUAGUGGUCAGUACUGGCCUGUAAAAGAUGAGUCUACACUUCCUUGUACAGAAGCACAAACAGAACAACAUAAUGAGAAGCUUCACAUAAUUAAGCUGCAAGCUGACCAGGAUUUAAGUAAAAAAAUCCUUGACAGUGGUGUACAAACAGAUGAUGAAGACUCUGCGGAAAAGCAACAUGUGGGGAGAAAAAAGAAGAGCAAAAAAAACAUUGAUAGCUUAGUUCAGUCUGAUGAGGAUGAUCUAGAUGAAUGGGAUGCCCCCACCAAAGUUCGACGCCGUUCUCGGAAGCACAGCAGUGAUGGAAAGCAUGGAUCCAAGGUGUCUAGCAUUGCCAUCCAGACAGUAUCAGAAAUUUCAGUCCAAACUGACCACUCUGGAACUAUGAAACGACCCAAUGUCCAAAUGGACACAAAGAUAGAAAUUGUUAAGCACAUAUCAGCUCCAGAAAACUCUAAUAGAGGUGGGAGUCUUAGCUGUCAAACUGACUCAGACAGAAGACAUUCACCUAUUGAGUUUGAAUAUAGUACACAACUAACGACAGAUCUCCCCUCUAAAUCCAAAGUGCACUACAGUCAAGUGUCUCCUAUAUCUCCAGAAAAGUCAUAUGGAGGGCAAAGAAUGCUAACUGCUGACCCAACCAGAUUCUCCUCUGGCCCUAGGAGUUUAAAAUCUGGGCAGAAAUCUCUGUCAGAUCCUAGGUCUCUUAGUCCUUCAACUGAAGACCGAAUUGGAGGAUAUUAUGCAGACAGCUAUUCUUGUCGUGGUUCUCCUUCUAGUAGUUGUAAGAAAGUAAAGCGAACCCUCCCAGACCCCCCUUCUGAGGAUGACUCUUUGGCAGGAAGAUCAGGCUAUAGUACGAACUCUGCUCGUCGCCGUCUUGCCCGGAGCACAACAAUGGCCCGUGCAAAGAUUCUGCAAGAUAUAGAUAAGGAACUGGAUCUGGUGGAGAGGGAAUCUUCUAAACUACGCAAGAAACAAGCAGAGCUUGAUGAAGAGGAAAAGGAGAUUGAUGCCAAAUUGCGGUAUCUGGAGAUGGGUAUAAACCGUCGCAAGGAGGCAUUGUUACAGGAAAGAGAAAAGAGAGAAAGGGCAUAUCUCCAGGGUGUGGCAGAGGAAAGGGACUACAUGUCAGACAGUGAGGUUGGCAACAUAAGAGAAAGUCAAGGGGAAGGCCUUGAGAGACCACGAACUGCACCACAGUCAGAAUUUGAUCAAUUUAUCCCUCCCCAAACAGAAGCUGAUUCCCAGUACAACACCCUUACAAGCCCCUACUCCCAGUAUGGUCAGUAUGUUCCUCAGACUCAAUCCACAAGCCAUUACACCCAACAAAAUAUCUAUCAGCAGCAGUCCCUUUACCAUCAUCAGGUGUCUCCUUAUCAAACACUAUCGCUCUCUCAUUCUCAGGGUCAGCCUAGCAGCUACCAGCAUGCUUUACUUUUACAACAGGGAAAACCACGCCAAACUACUUUAUCUGAUAUAGAGCCCAAAAUUAGCACCAACUAUGAGGUGAUGCGUAACCAGCCUCUCCUCAUUGUGCCAACCUCUACAGAAAGUGGCUAUGGGGUUGCUCACAUGGGGGGCAAGUAUGGCAACUUAGAUUUGAGGUUAGAGGAGAGAAGCAUGGCCUCCAGUCCCAUGUCAAGUAUUUCUGCUGAUUCUUUCUAUGCUGAUAUAGACCAUCACAAUACCAGGAACUAUGUGCUUAUAGAGGACAUAGGAGAGCUCACUAAGGCCUCAACAGGACUUGGCAGCUCUGGAUUUAACAUCCCUGAUAAAGAGCUAUCGAAAACGGACAGAUUGAUCAGGGCAGCAGAAGCAAGGCGUUCAGCAGAGGUGGCUGAGUUUUUGGGUUCAUCACGUUUUGGAAAAGGAGAAGAUGAUUCUAUGGAGGAGCCGUAUGAACUCAAGCUACUGAAGCAACAAAUAAAGCAAGAGUUUAGGCGAGGAACUGAAGGACUAGAACAUUUAACAGGCCUUGGACUUUCUCAUUAUCUCUCAAGUGAUAGUAGUUUCCGUCACUUCCCUAAAGGAGAGAAAUAUAGCAUUGGACGACUCACUCUUGAAAAGCAAGCUGCAAAGAAUCUUCCUGCUGCUAUGCUCUACCAGAAACAGAUGAAGAACAAAAAGGCUUUGCUAGACUCUAAGACCAUCACAAAAUUUUCUCCUAUUCAGGAAAGUAGAGACCUUGAGCCUGAAUUUGGUAGCUACAUGGGACCUAGGGCUUCGUCCGUGUCCAGUCUAGCAGCUAGGGCCAGGUUACUUCAGGACGAAAUUACAUUUGGUUUAAGAAAAAACUUGUCUGAGCAGCAAAAAUAUUUGGGAUCUUCCUUAGGAGCUAACCUUUCUGGUUCUCUAAACCUUGGCCAGUCUCUUAGCUUGGGAUCAACUAUAAGAGGGACCACUCAAGAGGAUGGAACAUAUCCAAGUGGCACUCGAUCCCGUCCCUCUUCGCGCCCCUCUUCUCGACCAUCUUCUAUAUAUGGUUUAGAUCUGUCCAUUAAAAGGGAUUUGUCAAGUUCCUCACUCAGACUUAAGACAGAUGGGGAGGUCCUGGACGCAGCAUUUGCUCCUGGAGUCUCUAGAGCAAAACCCACUAGUUUGCCUAUCAGCCAAAGCAGGGGCCGUAUCCCCAUUGUGGCUCAGAACUCAGAGGAGGAAAGUCCUCUGAGCCCAGUGGGGCAGCCUAUGGGUAUGGCUAGAGCUUCUGCUGGUCCCUUGCCUCCCAUUUCUGCUGACUCCAGAGAUCAGUUUGGUUCUAGCCAUUCCUUGCCAGAAGUACAACAACAUAUGAGGGAAGAAUCACGGACACGUGGCUACGAUAGAGACAUCGCUUUCAUCAUGGAUGAUCUGCAAGGUGCCAUGUCUGACAGUGAAGCCGGAGGCCCAAACUGGAAUAUAGAAGCCUACCACCUGCGGAGGGAGGACACAGACUGGUUUGAUAAGCCAAGAGAAGGACAGCCUCAGAGUGGACACAUGUUAGAUAGGAGACAGAUGAAGUUGGUUCCAUACACCUUCCCUCACACUCGCAUUAAGCUUAAGAGAGACAUGACAGACAACAGCGUCUCAGGUAACGGACUUGGACUCCGUGUGGUGGGUGGUAAGGAGAUUCCAGGCAGUCGAGGAGAGAUUGGAACCUACAUUGCAAAGGUUAUUCCAGGAGGCAUGGCUGAACAAACAGGGAAAAUUGUUGAGGGAAUGCAGGUGUUGGAGUGGAAUGGAGUUCCUUUAACUGGGAAGACCUAUGAAGAAGUGCAGUGCAUUAUGGCCAAGCCCUGUGCUGAGGCAGAGCUCUGUGUGAGACUCAGUGACCUUAAUAUGCUGUCUGACCCGGAGCAUCCUCAGGCUCUAGAGGACCAUGUCAAAAUUAGGGCUGCAGGUGGCCAGCGAUCCCCCGGCGUGGAUCCUAAACAGUUAGCUGCUGAGCUCCAAAAGGUGUCCCAGCAGCAAACUCCUGACAUAGCAGGAACAGGGUCUGGGAGCUUGGGGAUUCUCACUGCAUUGGAACGUUCUGCCCUCCUUCACUCAGGCCCUGGGUCAGCAGCCUCCAGUGGAGUCCCAAGCCCUGGCCAGCCAGCAUCCCCUGCCAUCAACAAGAAACAGCGCUACAAGACAGGAGAGGUGAUGAAAAUACCUCAUCCCAUCACUGGAGAAAUUCAGCUCCAGAUUAACUAUGACAGAAAUCUGGGAAACUUGUUUGUACACGUCCUACAAGCCAGGAACUUGGCCCCCCGAGACAAUGACGGUUAUUCUGACCCUUUUGUGAAGGUCUACCUUCUACCAGGGCGAGGCCAAGUCAUGGUUGUCCAGAAUGCAAGUGCUGAUAACAGGAGAAGGAUCAAGUAUGCUCAGAAGACCACAAACCCAGAAUGGAACCAGACUGUAAUUUAUAAGAACAUCCACUUGGAACAGUUGAAGAAAAAGACAUUGGAGGUAACAGUGUGGGACUAUGACAGAUCCUCCUCCAAUGAUUUUCUCGGAGAAGUUCUCAUUGACUUGUCAAACACAGCUCAGCUGGACAACACUCCCCGCUGGCUACCCUUGAAAGAACAAAGUGAAAGUAUUGAACACAGCAGAGCUCACCAUGCUGCGCAAGCUCCACCAGGGUCUGGGUCAGGACAAGGUCAUAGUCAGGGACUUUGCACAGGCCAGAGUCAUAUGUCAGGGUCUGGACAGGGUCAAGUACCAGGACAGGGAGAUUUGAGUCAGGAUUCACCUAAAAAUUCUGUGAUCAAGAGCAGAAGCCAUGGAAUCUUCCCUGAUCCAGCAAAAGACACACAAAUGUUACCUUUGGAAAAGUCACACAGCAGCCCAGGUAGCUCCAAGUCUUCAUCUGAUGGCCAACUGCGGUCUCAUGGCCCUUCUCGAAGUCAAAGCAAGAGUAGUGUCACUCAGGCCCACCUUGAGGAUGCUGGGAUAGCCAUUGCUGCCGCAGAGGCUGCCGUGCAGCAGUCCCGCCUGCAACCAAGGCCAGGACACCGCCUGGGUGAUGUGUCAGGGUCAGUGGUGCUCUCUGCCCCAAGCCUUGUUGGCGAUGCCUAUGGUGGUCUGGAUGGGGAUGAAGGGGAGGGCAUUGGAGUUGACAGCGCUAUUUUUCAAGUGCCACAAAUUGGUAAGACUAUUCCUAAUGGUACUGACAAAAACCAACAAACCACUCCAGAAAAUGAAGGAGGGAAAACCCAAGUAAUUGGGGAAAUUAAAGUUGCUCUAAAGAAGGAGGUGAAGACAGAAGGAGAUCAGCUGGUGCUAGAGAUUCUUCAAUGCAGAAAUAUUACUUACAAGUUCAAAAGCCCAGACCACCUGCCAGAUCUGUAUGUCAAACUGUAUGUGGUGAACGUAGCCACUCAGAAGAGGAUCAUCAAGAAAAAGACAAGAGUUUGUCGACAUGACAGGGAACCUUCCUUUAAUGAGACCUUCAGAUUUCCUCUCAACCCAACGGGACAUUCAAUACAGCUUUUUUUGGUGUCCAAUGGUGGGAAGUUUGUGAAGAAGACCUUGAUCGGGGAAGCCUACAUCUGGCUUGACAAGGUGGACAUGAGGAAGAGAGUGGUCAGCUGGCACAAACUUUUUGUCAGCUCCAACCUGACUAACCCUUGAGUGCCAGACAAUAAGAUAAAAAAGAUCAAUUGGGAGAUAUAAUUGGUAAAAGGGAAAAAAGAAAACAGAAUAUUUUUUAUAAUAUUACAUAAAUUCAUGCAUUGAGUUUAUAGAUCAUUAGAUGAAGGUAACUGUGUGACAAUAACAUUUGCAUGUCUUGUCAGUCUAACACUGCCAGUGCACGUGUUCCUAUUCUUAUGUCAGCUCUCAAAAGACUUUGCUUGGAUGCAAACAUGCAAAGACAGUUACUGACUGAUAUUCCACGGCAAUAUGGCUUAAGGACAGUUAUGCUUUUGAUACCAUAGUUCCAUUGUAUGAUCCAUAAUUAUAAUUUUGAUAUUGCACGAUAGAAGUUAACAAACUAGCCACAGAAAAGAUUUAAAAAUGACAAUUAAUGAAAAUGUGUAUAAUUGUUUAGACAGUUUGCAGACAUCAGUGGUGCUGAUGUAUUUAAAAGACACAGGAAUGCAUAACAGUUUUUGUAUGGCUGACCUUCCAAUGUAUGUCAACGCUGAGAAAAAAAACUUCAGAUUUAAUUUAUGCAGUGAGAUGAAGAUUAAAUGUACAGUACUUCUAAGGUUUCUGUUAUUCCAAAUGCAGAUUACAGAGCAUAUCAAAGAAUUGUACAGUGUGAUAUAUAUAGAUAUAUAUAUAAAACCUUAAAUUUAGCAUAAGAAGGAUAUAAAUAAAUACAACAUAGUAUAAGAGUUGUUCUCAUGUCAACAAAUUAUAUAUAGGAUAAUAUUGACAAAAGGUCUAGGUUGAGGCAGUGGGUGGUGCACUGACAAUCCAGUAAUCUAAUGAAUAAACAGUCCUUAUGACUUUUAGGGAUCUUUGUGAGCUAGAGGUUUGCCAUAUUUUCACACUGAUGCACCUCUCUGCUGAACAGACCUGCAAUCAUGGUUCAAGUCAACAUCAGCAGACAGAUUAUUAUAACAUGCAUCAUAUUUAGGGGGAGAUAUAUUAGCAGAAUGAACAGCAUUUUGCACAUGCUGUGUUGAAUGUAACAAAUGUUACAACUUUUCAGAAGACAGACGUUUACACAUCUUUGUUAUUUGAGCAACUUUUUUCUUUUAGGUUGUUGUAGUUUUUCCUCUAUGUAAGUCAUUUUAUUUUAUCACUCUGUUGCUAUGGACAUGUAAUUCAUAGAAAUUGUAUGUCUGCUUUACUGUCAGUGUGUUUGUUAAGCCCUUCCAUCAGAGUUUUAACUGAAAAUAACAAAAAAAAAGGUAGAUAAGAGUCAAAUUCUCCUCUGUGUCUCUGGCCAUGCUUGACUUAUAAAACACUAAUGUGUUGUCUUAGUGACUCCUUUUAAACACAGUGGACCAGCAUCUUUCACUGCCUGUGAUCAAAAAAUUUUCUCAGGCAUGAUAAAGGUUAGAGAAACUCGUGGGGCCAACUCUAAAUAUUCAUGUGUAUGCAGGAGAACCAUUUAUGUACACAUUCCUGAUCAUCCUUCAGUCAUAUUUUGCGACCAUGUCAAUAAAAUAAAAAGAGAAGAUAACAUAUAAAAGAAAGGGAAAAAAAUAAAGAUAACUACUUUUAGUAUGUUUUAUUAUAAAACAGGGCUGAUACAACUUUUAAUCAACAAAAACACAAAGAGCAAGAUGUCACUCAUAUACUGCAGAAGAUACCAUAAAAUGGUAACCAAUUUGUUGUGCCAUACAAUAUUCACUUACAUUUUGGUAUGAAAUAUAUUUUAAUAUUUAUCAUUUUUUCCUUUUUUCCCCCACCAGACCAAUAAGUUAUUUUAAGGUAAUUCUAUGCAACAUAUGUAUUCAUAUGCAUAUGUGUUAAAGUCUGUGAACAUAUCAUUUUAAAAUGUCCUGUAGAAAGUAGUUAUAAUUUGUACAUUUGGUGAAAGAAGAAUAUUAAAUAUUUUUAUUUUGUACUUAUUUUAGUAUAUAUUGAUGUUAACCACUGUUAACAUCUACAUGGAGCUUGUGCACUUUAUUACAAUGCUUGUUUUCUUGUCUUAUUUUAACUGUCGAGACAUUCUAAGUUAUAUGUUUUGUCUCCAUACUAAAAUUGAAUGAGUCACAGUGUAUGCAGUUGCAGGAACUAUUGUGGUGUACAAUUUUUAUCUAUGUGGCAAAAGAUUAACAUUCAAACAAGUAGGGGUUCCCUUAAAGGGAUGCACAAUCUUCAGUGAAGUCAAUUACUCCAUUUUCAUAGUGUACUGAACAGUCUGUAUACGUGGUGCAGUAAGUAAGACCUCAUCUUAUUGCCCAGUCAUGACUGUCAAAUCAUUUGUGUAUCAUUAGAAUUGCUUCUGAAUACUGUUUGUUAAGAUCAAUCGUUGCCUGUAAUUGUGAACCCAUUCAUUUAUUGUUGUCCUGAGGGGUGUGAAUGUGCUCAAGUUGUUUGACAUGUGUACAUAAAGUGUUUAUUUUCUACAAUGACUGAAUGUUUAUAUGUCUGAGGUUUGAGCAUGUGAGUGUAAAAUAAAAAAAAUAAAUGUAAUUCACAGAGCACUUGCAAUUGUACAGCAAUGGGUGUCUAGAGUCCUAUCAGGGGAGUUGAGAGUGUUUAUUUAAAACAAGUGCUGUCCACUGAUGAUUAUUAGUGAGAUUAAAUCCUAUGAACUGCAGGAACAACAUAAGAUGGGAAAAAAAUGUAUAUGUUUCACUUUAAGUAGUUGUCUGAAACUUUUGGUUUUGGAUGUUGCAUGUUUUGUUGAUGGUUUGUCUGUAUAUUUUGCCCAAGGAUUAUGUUUAAAAAGAGAGAAAAUAUGUAUAGAUCUAUCUGUAUGCUGAGUGUAAAGAGAUAUGCUUGUAAAUUUGUCUUGUUUUUCACUCAGUGUAAAAACAAAGCAUAUGAUGUUAUGGUUUUGUGACUGUACACGGGGUGUGUUAAGAUAUGCAAAUUGUGCUGUAAAAAAUCCUCCUGAGUCAGAAGAAUAAAUAUUAAGAGCUAUAUUGCAAAAUCAGA